UAUUAUUUUAAUUUUUUCUUUAAUAUAUAAUUUUUAUUUUAUAAAUAAAGAUACAAUGUGCAGAGGUAGCGAUCAUAAACAUUUAGUAGAUAAAUCUGAUAGAUUAAUUUUACCAGAUAAUGUCAUCCCAAGCAAAUAUGACUUACAUAUCAAGCCAAAUCUCAAAGAUUUUGUUUUCGAUGGCCAAGUUGAUAUUACCGUUAAUAUCGUCAAACCAACCAAAACCAUCAUCAUCCAUAGCAUUGAUAUUGAUAUUAAAUCAGCCAGUAUUUUAAAUCAAAAAGCCACCAUCACCUAUUACGAACCAGAAGAAGUUGCCAUCUUAGAAUUCCCAAAUGAAUUGAGUGUUACUGAAAACACAGUUCUUUCAAUUGAUUUCACUGGUAUUUUAAAUGACAAAUUAAAAGGUUUCUAUCGUUCAAAAUACACUGUUGAUGGUGAAGAUCGUUACAUUGGUACCACUCAAUUCGAAGCUACUGAUGCAAGACGUGCAUUCCCAUGCUUUGAUGAACCAGCUCUUAAAGCCGUUUUCAAUAUCAAGAUGACUGUUGAAUCCCAUUUAAUCGCUUUAUCAAAUAUGGACUCUACUUCAGUUGUAGACAAUGCUGAUAAAACCAAAACAUUUACCUUUGAAACUACUCCAAAAAUGAGUACCUAUAUUCUUGCCUUUAUUGUCGGUGAAUUUGAUCACAUCGAAUCAAAAACCAAAGAAGGUAUCAGAGUUCGUGUUUACAAAUGUCGUGGUAACAAAGAAUCAAGUGAAUUUGCUCUCAAGGUUGCUACUGAUGCCCUUUCAUAUUUCAUUGAUUACUUUGGUAUCCCAUAUCCAUUAACAAAAUGUGAUCAUAUUGCCAUUCCAGAUUUCACCUUUGGUGCUAUGGAAAAUUGGGGUUUAAUUACCUAUCGUGAAAGUAUUUUAUUAACUUCUGAUAAAACUACUCUUCGUACUAAACAAAGAAUUGCCAAUGUCAUUGGUCAUGAAUUGGCUCAUCAGUGGUUUGGUAAUUUAGUUACUAUGGAAUGGUGGUCACAAUUAUGGCUUAAUGAAGGUUUUGCAACCUAUAUGGGUUACCUUGUUACUGAUCAUUUAUUCCCAGAAUGGAAUGUUUGGCUCGAUUUUUCUGAACUUUACAGAAAUGGUGCUUUGAAAUUAGAUGCUCUUGACAACUCCCAUCCAAUUGAAGUCCCAGUUCGUAAUUCAUCACAAGUCAGUGAGAUUUUUGAUGCUAUUAGUUAUAAUAAAGGUUCAUGUGUAAUUCAAAUGUUAGAAAAACGUUUUGGUGAAUCAUUCAGAAAAGGUCUUAAUCAUUAUUUAGGUAAACACUCCUAUCAAAACACCAACACUGAAGAUCUUUGGGACUCACUUACAUUAGCCAGUGGUAUAAAUGUUAAAGAAUUUGUUGACUCAUUCACCAAAUACUCUGGUUAUCCAGUCGUUUCAUUCAAACCAACUUCAACUCCAGGCACUUUCGAAUUAACUCAAAAGAAAUUCCGUUUAGAGGGUGAAGAAAAAGCUGACGAUCCAAUUUGGAAUUGUUUCAUUAAAGUCCAAACUGAUAGUGGUACUCAUGAAGUUAUUUUUGACAAGAAAUCCUCAACCUUUACCGUUCCAAACUUUAAUCCAAAUGGAUGGAUCAAACCAAACUAUGGCCAAACUGGUUAUUAUAGAAUUGCCUAUACCCCAGAAAUCAUCAAAGGUUUAAUUCCAAUCGUUAAAUCAAUGGAAUUACCAGCCACUGACCGUUUAGGUUUACUCUCUGAUGUCUAUUCAUUAUGUAAGACCAAUACCAUUCCAAUCUCUACUUACAUGGAUUUAGUUAUGGCUUUUGAAAAUGAAAAAGAAAGCAAUGUUUGGGACUUUAUCAUCGAAACAUUAGGUCAAGUUUAUUCAUUAUCAGAUGAUCAAGCUUACAGUGCCAAACUUGCUGAAGUUAUAAUCAAACUCUUAAAACCAGUAGCCAAGAGACUUGGCUUUGAUCCAAAACAAGGUGAAAGUGCCAGCGACGUUUUACUUCGUGGUUCAGUUUGUGCUAGAUUAGGUGUUUUAGGUGAUGAAGAAACCGUUGCCGAAUGUAGAAAGAGAUUCGAACAAUUCAAAACUGAUCCAGCCUCAUUACCAUCUGAUAUUCGUAAUUGUGUUUUAGCUACUAUCGUUAGAAAUGGUGGUGAAUCUGAACAACAAGAACUCAUUAAUCAAUACCUCAAAACAAAUUUAGUAGCUGAAAAGAAUUCAAUCCUUAUGGUUAUUUCAUUAGCUCCAAAACAAGAAUUGGUUGAAAAAGCUUUAGAAUUCUCACUCUCCAAAGAAGUUAGAACCCAAGAUUGUUACAUUAUUUGGUUCACCUUACCAAAUCGUUCACGUGUCAUCGCUUGGGAAUUUUUCACCAAAAACUUUAAUAGAAUUGACGAAAUGUUCAAGAGUAGCUCACUUUAUGGUCGUAUGAUCACUGGUGCCCUUUCAAAUAAAAUGGACGAUAAGAAAUAUGCCGAAGUCGAAAAAUUCUUUGCUGAACACCCAACUCCAAUUUGUGAAAGAAAUAACAAACAAAAUUUAGAAAAUAUUCGUAUUGAUACCAAAUUCUUUAAUUCAUUCAACAAUGAUUUAUCAAAUUGGUUACAAAACAAAUAAAAUAAAUAUAUUUUAUAAUUAAAACUAUAAA